CUAGAUUGGGAAAAUGGGGGGCGGGGCCUAUGAGAUCCCGGCCUCAGGGUGGACGCAGUGGUUCUGCACUGAGGCCCUCGUCAUGGUGGCGCCCGUGUGGUACUUGGUAGCGGCGGCUCUGCUAGUCGGCUUUAUCCUCUUCCUGACUCGCAGCCGGGGCCGGGCGGCAUCAGCCGGCCAAGAGCCACUGCACAAUGAGGAGCUGGCAGGAGCAGGCCGGGUGGCCCAGCCUGGGCCCCUGGAGCCUGAGGAGCCGAGAGCUGGAGGCAGGCCUCGGCGCCGGAGGGACCUGGGCAGCCGCCUACAGGCCCAGCGUCGAGCCCAGCGGGUGGCCUGGGCAGAAGCAGAUGAGAAUGAGGAGGAAGCUGUCAUCCUAGCCCAGGAGGAGGAAGGCGUCGAGAAGCCAGCGGAAACUCACCUGUCAGGGAAAAUUGGAGCUAAGAAACUGCGGAAGCUGGAGGAGAAACAAGCGCGAAAGGCCCAGCGUGAGGCAGAGGAGGCUGAACGUGAGGAGCGGAAACGACUCGAGUCCCAGCGCGAAGCUGAGUGGAAGAAGGAGGAGGAGCGGCUUCGCCUGGAGGAGGAGCAGAAGGAGGAGGAGGAGAGGAAGGCCCGCGAGGAGCAGGCCCAGCGGGAGCAUGAGGAGUACCUGAAACUGAAGGAGGCCUUUGUGGUGGAGGAGGAAGGCGUAGGAGAGACCAUGACUGAGGAACAGUCCCAGAGCUUCCUGACAGAGUUCAUCAACUACAUCAAGCAGUCCAAGGUUGUGCUCUUGGAAGACCUGGCUUCCCAGGUGGGCCUACGCACUCAGGACACCAUAAAUCGCAUCCAGGACCUGCUGGCUGAGGGGACUAUAACAGGUGUGAUUGACGACCGGGGCAAGUUCAUCUACAUAACCCCAGAGGAACUGGCCGCCGUGGCCAACUUCAUCCGACAGCGGGGCCGGGUGUCCAUCGCCGAGCUUGCCCAAGCCAGCAACUCCCUCAUCGCCUGGGGCCGGGAGCCCCCUGCCCAAGCCCCAGCCUGACCCCAGUCCUUCCCUCUUGGACUCAGAGUUGGUGUGGCCUACCUGGCUAUACAUCUUCAUCCCUCCCCACCAUCCUGGGGAAGUGAUGGUGUGGCCGGGCAGUUAUAGAUUAAAGGCCUGUGAGUACUGCUGA